AUGGCUGACAUCUGUCUCCCUUUUGCCCUUGCGCAGCCAUCACUUCUGCAUGGCAUUCUGGCCCUCUCCUCCCGACACAUGAUGACUCUGCAGCCGGAGGACCGCCGGUACUCCCUUGCCUAUCACCAUCACAGCCAACAAUUCUUCUCCCUCUUCCCGAACGACCUCCAGAAACCGCCAUCGCUAGAAAUGACCAAUCUAGCCCAUUCCAAUAUCUUCUUGGCAAAUGUCCUGUCCGCAGCGGAUCCGAUGGUGCACUCCUGGGUGAUGGCGGAGGAUCCGGAACAGAUCGACCAGGCGUUCAGCUGGAUCAGACUCCAAGCACGCCAUCAAUGGAUCCUUCGUCCGUCCGCUCCAUGGCUCUCUGCUUGCUAUCUGCAGCCUUUGUUUCAGCAAGCUCCAUAUAGCCUUCAGCUCCAUCCCGCGACCGCGCGCGGGAUCACGGAACCGCUGCCGGUAGAGUCUCUCCGGGAUCUCAUCGCUCAUGGUUCGUCUCAACAAGAUCUCAUGACGCGAGCUCUGCAGCUUCUGGUCGACAGCUACGAUCCCGAUCCCGUGCAUCCCUAUCUGAACCUGUUCGAACGGUCGUUGAGGUUUAUCUGUAACAUGGAAGACGAGCUUUUGCACCUCCUACACCAGAAGGAUGAGAUCGCCCUCGUUUUGUUUGCAUACUGGCUCUGUCAUCUGGUCGGUCUGAAUCUGUGGUGUUUUUCUAAAGCAAGCGACGAGUGUCGUGCCAUAUGCUGCUUCUUGUCCAAAAGCAAUGAUCACUGUGUACAAGCGCUGGUAGAAUAUCCGGUGCGCAUUUGUGAUCUCAUGAGUGACUUUCGUGGGAUCCCAGGUCAUGAGGGAUAA